GUAUAUCGAGCUAAAAAUUAUAACUUCUGAGUUCAAAUGUUUUUUGUCAAAAUUUAGAGGGAUAUUUCAACUUGGAGAGAAGGGGUGGGCACAUCUAUCCUGCUCUAAACACCGGUUUUAGCGAACAAAUUUAGGCAACUCGAACUUUCAGGUCUAUCAAUGCAGAUCCCAACUUCGAGCAAGUUUGGCUGCUUGAGAAAGGCUUGCUAUCGCUCCGGGUGCAGAAAGUUUCACAACAAGCGUGGUGGUACAUCAAGUUUUCAGGUCCCCUCAGUAAACACUCAGUUUCUCAAGAAAGUACCGACAUACACAAUGGCGUUGAAGAUGAUGAAAGGCAUGAGCUUUUUCAUUGCAAUGCUCCUUUUCACUCAAGUGAACGGGCAGGGUCCAACUCCAGGACCAGUCAGUGGACCUGCUCUACCACCGACUUCAACAGCAUCUCCCCCGGCCCCAUCUUCUCCUGCUCCUAUUGCUGUAACUCCAUCGUCUCCAGGACCGAUAAGCAACCCUGCCGUGCCUCCAACCUCAGCAGCCUCUCCUCCCGCUCCUCCUGCAGUCACUCCGUCUGUGACUUCAUCACCUCCAGCUAGUGCUCCAGUGAGUGCACCUGCUGUGCCUCCGACCUUAGCCGCAUCCCCUCCUGCUCCUCCUGCAGUCACUCCUUCGGUGACUCCAUUGCCUCCAGCUAGUGCACCAGUUAGUGCACCUGCUGUGCCUCCGACCUCAGCCGCAUCCCCUCCUGCUCCUCCUGCAGUUACUCCUUCUGUGACUCCACUGCCUCCAGCUAGUGCACCAGUUAGUGCACCUGCUGUGCCUCCGACCUCAGCCACAUCCCCUCCUGCUCCUCCUGCAGCGACUCCUUCGGUGACUCCAGCUAGUGCCCCAGUUAGUGCACCUGCUGUCCCUCCCAUCUCCGCAGCUUCUCCUCCAUCUCCUCCUGCUGUAACUCCAUCCGUGACUCCUUCGUCUUCUGUGCCUUCACUAUCUCCUUCCGUGACUCCAUCGCUCUCACCUUCUUCGACUCCUUCGGCAACUCCCGUGCCUUCUUCCAGCCCCACUCCCUCUCCAGCAGCGGCUGCACCCAAACUAUCCAUCUUCGCACAAGCCCCCGCACCGAUUCAAGAGAAGAGCCAUGGAGUGAAGCAGAGCAUCUUUGGAUGGACAACAGUUGUGCUUGUAUCUGGUGUUUUUGUGGCGGCUGCUGCCUAUUAGGACAUGUCACGGGUCUCAUCAUUUUACAAGAUGAACUCAUCUCUAUAUAAGCAAGUACUAGGAUAUUGAAUCUGUUUAAACUGAUUCCAAGACUACAGAUAUAUAGUUAAUAAUUGUAUCGGUUGUAUGGAGUAAAUGAUCACAAUCAAAUUCGAAGGUGACGAUUAAUGACC